AUGCUCGACGUUCUCGAUUUUAUCGCCGAGCGUGGCGGCAAUCCCGAAAGGAUUCGAGAAUCUCAGCGGCGUCGAUAUGCCAAUCCAGACAUUGUCGAUGAAAUAAUUUCCCUUUUUGAUGACCAUCGCAAAACCCAGUACAACGCUACGCAGAUCAAUGGCAAGAUAAAUGAUAUCCAGAAGCAGAUUGGUGCUAGAAAGAAGGCAAAAGAGACUGCCGAUGAGCUAUUGAAAGAAAAGAUCGACCUCGAGAAAAAAAAAAAGGCUUUAGUUGAAUCGGCAUUGGAAAAAGACGCGGCAUUGAAAACUAAAAUUAAGACAGUGGGAAAUUAUGUGCACGAAUCCGUGCCUGUGAGCAAUAACGAAGAAAAUAAUGUAGUAGAGCGUAUAUGGGCUCCCGAGGGGACUACGGUCGAGAAACGCGAUAACAUUCUCUCUCACCAUGAAGUCCUCCUUAGGCUCGAUGGGUAUGACCCCGACCGAGGUGUUAAGGUGGUUGGCCAUCGAGGAUAUUUUUUGCAUCGAUGGGGCGUGUUUCUUAACCAGGCCCUAAUCAAUUAUGGUCUCGAGUUCCUAAGCAAUCGCGGUUAUAGUGCCCUGCAAACGCCGCAAUUUAUGCUAAAGGACUACAUGGCCAAGACUGCUCAACUGGAGCAAUUCGAUGAAGAGCUGUAUAAAGUCAUCGACGGGGAAGCAAAAAAUGACAAGUAUCUAAUUGCUACGUCGGAACAACCAAUCUCGGCAUUCCACGCAGACGAAUGGCUUAUUCCCAAACAACUUCCAAUCAAAUAUGCUGGCUAUAGUACCUGCUACCGAAGAGAAGCUGGCUCGCAUGGCAGAGAUGCUUGGGGAAUUUACCGUGUUCACCAGUUUGAGAAGAUCGAGCAGUUCCUUUUGACGGACCCGGAGAAGUCUUGGGAAGCAUUUAAUGAUAUGAUCGCCAUUUCUGAAGAAUUUUACAAGUCCCUUCAGAUUCCAUAUCGGAUUGUCUCGAUCGUGUCAGGUGCAUUAAAUAAUGCAGCAUCCAAAAAGUUCGACUUGGAGGCAUGGUUUCCCUUUCAAGGGGAGUAUAAGGAGCUUGUCUCUUGCUCCAACUGCACCGAUUAUCAGUCGCGCGCCCUCGAAAUACGCUUCGGCACCAAGACACAGACUGAUGUUAAGAAGAAAUAUGUUCAUUGCCUAAACUCCACUUUAUGUGCUACCAGUAGAACCAUGUGUUGUAUUUUAGAGAACUAUCAAACUGAAGAGGGUCUUCGAGUACCAGACCCUCUUCGCAAGUACCUUCCAGGAUCGCCAGACUUUAUCCCUUUCGCAAAAGAAUUGCCGAAGGAAGGUACUACCUCUAUGAAGUCUUUGCCAACUAGGAGCAAGGUUUCUAAAUAA